UAGUGACACUGCAGCGAACCAAGCGGACGUCAAAGGGCGUCUUCCAGUCCAGCCGUGCCCAGUUGCCCGUUAUCCUCCGCUGCUACCCCGGCUCUCGGUCCGGCCCUACCGUAAAAGGACUCGAAGUUUUCCAUUGAAAGCACCAUGUGUCCGUCAAAAGUCCAUUUGUUGACGACAACGAAUCUCCUCAACAUUGGGAAGCGAAGAUUGGCCGAACGCUUUGCCAUGCGCAGAAAACUAUUAAUUUGAUUGGCCAAAAGACAAGUCAAUCAAGUUGCAAGGCAGUGAUUGGCUUCGAGUCUCCACAUGGGCGAGCAGGUUCGGCUGCGGCCGGGCAGUGCUUUCUCCGGUGGGCGGACUGUGGCGCUGACAGCGACGCUCGGAGUCUCCCGACAAACUGCCACAAAGCACACAACAGACGGCCAUGGCAGAGUUAGACUUGAGUCUGAGCGACGCUCUGGUGGACAGUGCUCCGCAGCAGGGUCCAGAAAGCCGGGUGGAGAGGGAUUUUGUGGCUCAGUUGGAGGCCGAGACCUUCGACGAUCAAAUUGGCGAGACGGUUGGCAAGACGGAGUACAUUCCUCUGCUGGACAAUGAUGAUGCCACCGGAGGUACAGCAUUGGAAAAUGGAGAACAGCAAGCUAAGGGGGUGCAAAAGCCCGGUUUUAAACUAACCACAGGGGGGCAGACAUCAAUGUCGUCGCUCUCAGAACAUCGGGGCGAGACGCAGCCACAUAAACUUGACCACCAGCAGUUUUUGGCAGGAGACUUUUUAUCAGGUUUCUCCCAGCCUGCAGGCCCAGGAUUGAAUAUAGAGGUGGGAACUGCUGCUCUCACUGCAGAGAAGUCUCCAGGUAUCGCUGAUCCUCUGCAGCCUGCACCCUCAGCAGGGUCAGAGGCCUCAAAAGUGCCCCACAACCCCAUGCUGCCUGAACCACAAGCUCCUCGCAGUACCCUGGAUCUGUCAGCAGGUGCCUUAGGUGACUGCUGGCCAGACCCGACUGGCUGCCUGUCGACAGACCUCCCUUUCAGCCCCAGUGUCACCUCUGUCAUCAGUCGCCAUGCUAACAAUCUCGCAAUGAUUCGUGACGACCCGGCUAAAACCUGGCCAAGCAGAGAAAGCACCGCGUAUGCCGGAGGUGAUGAAAGGGACGGAGAGGAAUCAGACAGAAAACAGAAGAAAAAGAAGAAAAGGAGACAGAAAGAAGAGGGCUCUUAUGAGCACUUUGAAAGCAAGGGUCACCUUGAAGUGCAGUCACCCGGAGAAAACAUUCCCCCUGAAGAGUUUUUCAACGAAAGGACUGAACCGAAACGUGAUAGUGGAGAAGGUGGCUGGGAGGAACAAAUUUGGAAAAGCGGAGGACGAGGUAAGAAGGGCAAGAGCAGGAAGAAGAUUCCUGAAGAGUGGGAAGUGUCUCCAGAGCCAUUUGCCACAUCAUCCACAGGUAAAAUCACCCAAGAGGUUAUGAAAGAUCUCAGAAGUUCAGCUCCGACAAGCAUGGAAGUCUCCAUUGCUGAUAUAAAUACCAAUCAGACCCCUUGGAAAGAGGAGAGCUUCACAGAGGAAGGUCUAGUCCCUUUGCCUCUGUCCGAUGAUCUAUUAGCCCCUGCAACAGUUUCCAUCAGCCCACUCGUCUUGAAAAGCGAGUUGAAAGCUACAGCAGCUCCGUUUAUGAUGCCUUCAUUGACCAGUGCUGGGCCAAUUGACUCCUUCCCCAUGGAUGCUAGUCCCAGUGAAUCAUUUGAAAUGCUAAUUGACACUGAAAAUGCUGGCUUGGAUGACAUGGCUGACAGUGGCAUGCUUGAAAACACUAGUUCCUUCCAAGAGCCUGUUGGGCAAGCCAUAUCUGAGUUAGAGACUUCAACUUUUAGCCUUCCUUCCCAGCCAGGCUCAGCCCUUUCUCGAAACGGCGACGUCUUGGCAUCAGCCCCUCCCCUUUCACCAUCAGACGCUUCAUGGCUCCUGAACAACUCUCACACGAGCAGCAACAAGGAGCCGUUCGACUUCAGUGAUGCAAACGCUUCCAGUCAUUCUAUACCCAUAAGCCUGGUAUUUGAUACCCCUUGCCCAGCCCCACUCCGAUCCCCCAAAACCACAGCUCAGGAAUGCCUAACCAAAGAGCACGAAAAUGAGCAGUCAGACAAGAAGCAAUCCAAGAAGUCUCGUUCUUCAUCUUCUUCCUGUGUUAAGAGUCCCACUGCCUCAGAGGCAAAGAAAUUGACUCCUCAAGAAUCUCCGAGUGUCAGUCCCUCUUCCUCCCCAUCAGUCAUCUCUCUUGGAACUCCACCAUCUGGCCUAAACCCUGCAGCAAAGCCCUUCUUUCCCAGCUUUGCUGAUACCGUGGAACAACCAAGUGUGGUUUCCCCCAUCAUCGAAGACAAGGCUGCCAAGGGUGACAAAAAGGAGGAGAAGUUGGAGGACAAGCCCAAGGUAGAUCUUAUGGAUUCAGUUGAACAGAAGAGCGUAAAGGUUGAAUUUGGAAUUAGUGAGAUAGCAGCCAAAGUAGAGAGAGAAAAAACGAAUCAACCAAAUAUCAGUCUUUGGAAAGAGCCUGAAAAUAUUCCGCAGAAGGAGAAAGAGGGAGAAUUGGUCACAGAGGGAGAAGAGCUUAAUGCAAAAGAGAACCCCACUGUGAAAGUUACAGAGGAAAAAGACUCCGAAAAGGUCUCUAAUGAGAAAGCGGCAGCGAAAGUUAAAGAGGAGAAGGAGUCCGAAAGAGUGAAAGAGAAGCUACCAGAGAAGGCUGAAGAAAAGACGAAAGAAAAAGAGCCAGAAAAAGUGGAGGAAGCAAACAAACCUAAUGAACCUGCGGACAAACUGGUAAAGACAGAGACAUUCGACAAGGCAGAAAAAGCAGAAAAGGUGGCCAUGACAGACAAAGUUGAGAAAAAAGCAGAAAAUGCAAAAGAGAGAGAGGCAAGUUUUGAGAACAAAAUCACUGAGAAGACUGAAAAGAUUGAGUUGAAGGACAGCAAAGACCAACACGUCGAGUCCAAAGUGGAAAAGACCCCCGAGCAGCUGCCGACACCUGUCAAGCUUGACGCACCCCCUGACAAGGCGGAAAAGAAGGCUGACAUUGCAGCUGAGGUGGAAGAAGCCACAAAACCUUCAGCUCAUACACACGAAGCUGAGAAAGCGCACAAAGUAGAUGAAGUGGAGAAACCUUCAGAGAAGCCGACCGAGACAGCAAAGGAGAUAAGUGGAAAGGAAGAGAAGCAGGAGAAAAUACAGAUUGACAAAAAGGUGGCAGAGAAAAAGGAUGACAAGAAGGAAAAGGCUGUGAAAGCAGAUGAAGGAGAGAAGGCCAAAAAAGCCAAACCUUCCACCAAUGGGAGCAACCAAGCACCAAGCAAAGACUUGGCGAGUGCAGACAAGAAGAGUAAGCCUGCUUCUGUGGCAACAAAAACGAGCGCCAUCUCGAAAACACGGCAGGUCACAGGCACCUCUGGUAGUGGUUCUGCUGCAGCACUAACUAAGCGCCCCACAGCCUCUUCAACCACCUCCACCUCAGAAAAAAAAACAACCAAGGCACCGUCAACAGGCACUAGUGGCCCAAAGAGGCCUUCUACUAUUACUGCCAGCCGCCUUCCAUCGUCGGCCACUACCACCACACGUGAUUUUAAACCCAAGACCACCACGGAAAGGCGCCCCCUCCUGACAAAGGCCAGCACCACCACCUCAAGCCAAGCAGGCUCCUCUGCUGCUACCAAAAAUGGAACCACCACCACAACAACCAGUAAAACGACCACAUCGACACGUACAACUCUGACAGCCCGCAGUGCGACCACCACGGCAUCUAAAAAGCCCCUGGCAUCUAAGACUGACAGCCAACCAAGUGGGGAGAAGAAGCCAAGCACUCUAAAGACCUCCACAGCCGAUUCCACCAAACCCAAGACCGCCACCACUGCUAUGCGGGGCUCCUCUUCCACCACCACCACCACCCGCACCCGAACUACAGCUCUCAGAACGAGUGCACCUUCCACCACAGCUAGCGCGGUAGCAGAGAAGAAGCCCCUGGUGCCCCGCGCUCCCAGGACCACUUUCUCUGCUACAAAUAACACGACAACCAGCACCUCGAGGACCACGGCUCGUCCCGGCACCGCGCCAGCCCCCGAUAUCCACAAUGCCCGCUCGAAGAUCGGCUCUACGGACAACAUAAAGCACCAGCCAGGGGGUGGAAAGGUGUCAGCCGCCUUUAGGAGCAGGGUCCCCGCCUCCAAAGAAAAAAGCCCGGUCAAAGUUCAGAUAGUCUCCCAAAAACUGGACUUCAGUCACGUCGGCGCACGCUUGGGCUCCAAGGACAAUAUGAAGCAUGUUCCGGGUGGAGGGAAUGUACAGAUUCUCAACAAAAAGGUGGAUUUGAGUAAAGUGACAUCAAAGUGUGGCUCCAAGGACAACAUUAAACACAAACCUGGUGGUGGUGUCGUGAAGAUUGAGUCACAUAAGGUCAACUUUAGGGAAAAGGCUCAGUCCAAAGUGGGAUCGAUGGACAAUGUGAGCCAUUCACCUGGUGGAGGAAGCGUCAAAGCUGAGGGGCCUCAGGAGACAGAUGAGGGUGUUGGGACAUCGUCCCUAGCCCCCGGCACCGAGUCUGGGCAGGUUGGGAGCCCCGCUGCCCAUGAGAAUGGGCUGAAGGAGGCAGCUCCCUCCGAAAGGGAGGGUCUCCAGGAGCCCCAGGUCCUGGUUUCCCACAUCCCAGAGACAAGCAUCUAAUUCUGCUGUCCCUCUGCCUUCCUCAUCUCACCACCUCCCCAUCUUUCCCCGUUUACCCCAACGCCCCUCCAUCCUUUUCUUUCCAACAUUUCUGCCGCAGAUUGAGUCUUUCAAGCUCAACUUCCGCGAGAAAGCUCGCUCUCGCACGGACCACGGCGCCGACAUCAUCACCCGAUCCUCCUGACGACAACACGCCCUCCCACCCACGUGGUUCCUCCCGUCACGUGCACCACAACCCAGAUCCAUACAGCAUCCUACAUGUCUUCUACUGCGUUAGCUCCCCCUUUGCCGCUUCCUUGCUUCAGGGUGGAGGUUCUGGGGGACAAAGGGAUCUUGCCCACCUUUCAAGCUCUAAUACCCACUUGCAGUAAAAUAAUGCCCUGUUGUCAACCCACUCUAUUAUUAGUGCACAUGUUUCUUGGUGGACUGGACUUUGCAUCACCCUGCCUCUUUCUCUCCAAAUGUUAGUCAACAACCCACACCACCAUAUAACAUAACCUUACUUGUCCCCCCUGGUAUCAAAAACCAACGCUCGUAUCGUUCCUUAAAUAUGGUUCAUUCACUUCUUCAGUUUCACUUUAGGCUGACAUACACCCAAGAAACAUUUUAGACAGUUUAACUCUUUGUGACAGUGUUCUGAGUGACAACCCUAAAAAGUAGCUUUCGAUGGGGUCCUUUCUAUUUGCAUUGAUUACCUCUUAUCCUUUUCAUUCUGACACGCUUUAUUUAUUUGACAUUUCUUGAUACAGUACAUCUGCAACAUUAGUUCUCAGAGGAGAGAGUCCUGGAUCAACUUUUUGUAAACAAAGUGCACGCUCAACAGUUGGCAGUCUGUACCGUGCUCACGUGAGUUUGAUUCUCAGUUUUUUUGUUUUAUGAUCUUAAAACCCUAGAAAAUCUAUA